CAAACAAAAUGACACAUUUUCCUGUCACUCAAUGUUUAAAAACUUUCAAUUUUCAAAAUAAAUUAUUUUGUUUGUUGUCGGUCUUGUGCGGGGUUUGUUAUGAAUGAAUGUAAAAUAAAGGUCAUCUAAUAAAUCGUUUUGGACCAUAAAUAAGCUAAGAAACAGGUUAAAAAUAUCAAGUGUUUGGAUUUGUUCUGCUAACUUGUAAAUAAAAAACCUGGAAACAGAAAUGUUGGUACAAGUAAAAGUUUCCCAAGGCACAUUGCAAGGAAAAGAAUGCACAACAUACUAUGGGAAAAAAUUCUAUAGUUUUGAAGGAAUACCCUAUGCUAAGCCACCUGUCGGCCGAUUGAGAUUUCGUGACCCACAAGAACCAGAAAGUUGGAAAGGCGUACGAGAUGCUACUAGACCAGGCAAUAAGUGUUGCCAGCUUAAUCCAUACAUACAAUCGAAUCUAGAAGGUUCUGAGGACUGCCUCUACCUAAACGUAUACACUCCGAGUUUGCCAAGCGAAAAACUUGAAAAACUACCAGUAUUAUUUUUCGUUCACGGUGGUAGAUUUAUUUUUGGUUACGGUGACUAUUAUAAACCAGAUUAUUUUAUGAAACAUGACGUUAUUUUGGUCACAAUAAAUUACAGAUUGAAUGUACUAGGGUUUUUGUGCUUACAUAUACCAGAAGUGCCUGGUAAUGCUGGAUUAAAAGACACAGUUUUCGCUCUACGCUGGGUUAGGAACAACAUAGACAAUUUUAAUGGAGACUGCAACAAUGUGACCGUUUUCGGAGAAAGCGCGGGAGCGGGUGCAGUAGCGUCCUACAUGACUUCCAGAAUGGCAGAAGGACUGUUCCACAAAGUCAUAUCCCAGUCAGGGAACUCUAUAGCAGAUAUUUAUAUGAUAGAUGAUGAUCCUAUAGCAAAAGCGAAGCAUAUAGCUGCAAACUUGGACAAAGACCUGACUACCCCAAGAAGUAUAUACGAGUUUCUAUUAGAAGUGCCCAUACAGGAGCUUUUAGUGGCUUUCGGCAUGGCAGAAAUGAGCCGACCACCGGCAGUAAUCAACGCAUAUUUGUUACCAGUCGUCGAACGACAAUUCGAUGGGGUCGAGCAAUUUUUCAACGAAUACCCCCGAAUCGAUAUUCCCCUAAAUCGAUUCACGAAAGUUCCCAUUCUAACCGGCAUGAAUUCCCACGAAGGGGCUUUAUUUUUGCAGAAAAACGGUCAAGGCAAUGUAGAAUACGAAAAAGACUUUUAUUACUUCAUUCCAAAUUAUUUACAUAUUGCAAGGAAUGAUAAAAGGGCCCAACAGAUUGUCGAGAAAAUUAAGAAAUUUUACUUCGGUGGUAAACCUGUUGAUGAUAGCACUAAAUUGGAAUACGUCAAUAUGGUUUCUGAUACAUUUUUUCAAUAUCAAAUUAUGCUUUUGCCGGAGAUUUUGUCGAAGGUCAACGUUGAUGUAUAUGUAUACAAAUUUCAGUAUUCAGGGAAUUUGAAUACUAGGGUCAUGAGGAGUUUGGAUUUAGCGGGAGCGAGCCAUGGAGACAUGAUACAAUAUCAAUUCUAUAGAGAUACUAAACAUAAAAAAUGCGAUGCAAAGGAUUUAAAAAUAGUCGAAAUGCUAUCCGAAGCUUGGUGUACCUUUGCUAGAAAUGGAAAACCAACGUGGAAAAACCAGGAAACUGAAUGGUUGCCGUACACGAAAAAGGGCAAACAUGUACUUAUAAUUGAUAAAGAAAUAGAAUGCAUUACAAACCCUGAUAUGGACAGACUAAAAUUCUGGCUAGGUGUUACGGGAGAGCUUUCCAAAUUAUAAUGAUUAAAAA